CCCAACCGUCCUGUUUCCCCUCACGUCGACCAAAAUCAAACGCAAACACCAAAAACAAGAAGCUACACAAAAGGACACCCAGAACGGAAGACAAUCAUGGCUCCCUCUGACCGUCUCACCCAGGUCAACAAGCACCUCAACUACCCGGCCGGCAUGCUCGCCGGCCAAGUAGCCAUCAUCACCGGUGCAGGCCAGGGUAUCGGCGCCGAAGCAGCACGACUUUUUGCCAAUGAAGGUGCCAAGGUGGUCGUCGCUGAUAUUGACAGCAAAAAGGCAAAUGCCGUCGCUGAUGCUAUCAACGCCGUCGAGCCGGGUCGCGCACUAGCCGUCGUGGGCGAUAUCCUGGACUCUAGUUACGUCGAGACGCUAGUGAAGCAAACUGCUGAGUUUGGCGGUGGCAAGAUCCAUAUUAUCGUUAAUAAUGCCGGGUUUACCUGGGAUGGUGUGAUUCACAAGAUGACGGAUAAGCAAUGGGACACCAUGCUAGCCGUCCACAAUACAGCGCCAUUCCGCCUCGUCCGCGCCGCAGCCCCGUACUUCCGCGUCAAGGACAAGGAGCCCCGAGUGAUUAUCAACAUUAGCAGUACGAGCGGUAUCCACGGAAACGCAGGCCAAGCAAACUACGCCGUCGCCAAAGCCGGCGUCGUCGGUCUCACUCGCACAAUCGCCAAAGAAUGGGGUCCCUCUUUCGGCGUACGCUCCAACACCAUCGCCUUCGGCUUCGUGACCACCCGUCUGACAGCAGCCAAGGAGGCUGGUGCUUUCAUCACCACGCCCGACGGGACUAAGGUUGCCCUCGGUAUUCCGGGGAAGCAGCUGGAUGGGAAGAAGGGUGACGAGGCUGCGGUGUAUCCGGAUAUUCCGCUGCGCAGGCCGGCGAGUCCUGAGGAAGCGGCCCGGGCGGUGUUGGGUGUUGCAAGUCCGUAUUUCUCGUAUGUUAACGGAGAAACUAUUCGGGUUACUGGGGGGCGGAAUAUGUAAGUGUGAUAUGUGGAGGGGGGAGGAUUAUGGGAGAACGAAUUGGGGAUGUGUACAGUGUGGAGUGUGGUAGGGUGAUGAAUUAUUAUCUCAUUGGUAGGCCUGAGGUUAAUAUUAUGCCUUGUCCAAACCAGAAAUAGAAAAGAUACAGGGUCUUAUCUAUACCUAAAGGGGUAAGCUGGAAUUACAUGGCUUCUCUGACACAGAACGUGGAUUGCUGUUUCAGUGUAACGG